AUGCUACUAUCUCACCUCUCCAUACGCAAUGUCGCUGCCAUCAUACACGUCAUUCUCUUCCAGCUCACUUUCGCCUUGGCCUUGCCCACCGGCCAGUACAACCAAGCAUCGCAAAUCGAGACGAGACAAGUCGCUGAGACACUCCACCUACAAAUCAAAAGAGAACCCGAGCUUUCCAUCGAUAGCUCAUCAAUACCGAAGAUCGCCGGCGGUGCGUUCGGAAUUGUGGCAUUGGGACUCAUAUUCGGUCUUGGGUCGGCCUCAAUCGCCGUAUUUGGGUCCAUUGAAUGGCGGGUGCGGCGGGAUAAAAAGAAGCAAGAAAAGGGACAGGUCAACCAGGAAAAGCUGGAAGAUAGUUCUAGUGAGAAGACAACCAUUAGAUAA